CGGCUAGAGCCGAGAUCGUCAGUCUAUGCGAGUCCGUCGUACCGAAACUUUCUCAGUGACGUCAAGGCCCUCUUUUCGCGUAAACUACAAUGCUUCGAUCGUUGAUAUUCGGGCAGAGCCGAAUCUUUUAUAUGUUAGACGUAAAUGAAAAUGUUACAGAGGUUGUGCAUCGCGAGUGGCUGGAGCCGGAGAGCAGCGCGAAAGAUUUCGAUGAAAUUUUUCGCAAAUCGCUCGACGAGCUCUUUUGUGACCGUCGUGGCAGCUGCAGCGGCCAAAUCAAGGAUCCCAUAAUCAAGCAUCAGCUCCUGGAGCAGGAAACCAGUCUCAGCAGCGUCUUUUCGAGAGAAGAGCUCGGGAAUCUCUCACUCCUGUGGGUCGCCGUCUUUGGCGCUUACCACAAGUCGGCCGAGCUGCUCGUGCGCUCUGGUGCCGACGUCAACGAGCCCUUCGGAAUCCACGAGCCUCAGGUGAUCGACGAGAAGUGGACCAUACUCCACGAGCUGCUAGAAAUGAAGCCCACUCCAGAGGGAGAGCAACUCAUCCGUCUGAUGGUGACGAACCACGGUGCGGAUUUGCAGGCUCGAGACUCCAAGGGAGAAACCGCUCUGCACAUCGCGGUGAGUAAAGGCUUGGUCCCGAUCGUCGAAAUGAUGCUCGAGAAAGGAGCUGACGUGCAAGCUCGUGAUUUGGGGGGACAAACACCCCUGCACUUUGCCGCGUUGAGAGGCCAAGUGCAGAUCGUCGAAAUGCUGCUUGAGAAAGGAGCCGGGGUCAACGUCCCUGAUGAGAGCGGUCAAACGCCGCUGCACGUAGCAGCCAUGGGCAGCAAAGCAGACGAGCUGCUGCCAUUGUUCAUUAAGCACGGAGCAAACGUUACCGACAAAACUCACUCCGGCUUUAACGUCUUGCAUUUUCUGACGCGCGCCUCGGAUUUAGAACGUCCAGCGGACCUGGUUGAAGUCAUUAUCGAGAAGGGCGGCGUCUCGCUUGUUAACGAAAGGGCCGCCAUCAACCAGCUUCAGCCGAUUCACUCAGCAGCCGUGGCAGGAAAUAUCGAGCUGGUGAACAUUUAUUUAAACCUGGGCGCGAAAGUGAAUUCGCUUGCCUACGAGGACGUGUCUCCACUGUACCUUGCGGCACAACAACAAGCGCCGGCAACUGUGAUAAAAACUCUACUGAACCGAGGCGCAAACGUUGCUCUAACAACGAGGGACGGUCGCACGGCGUUGCACGCAGCCUGCGAGAAUUUUGAUCUCGCAAACUGCGAGGAGUCAAUCAAAUUACUUCUGUCCUCCUGUGCGGAUCCGACCAUCGAGGACCGCUUCGGUUUGACUCCGCUCGCUCUUAUCGAAGAGCCCGAUACAAAUUCAGGUGCCUGUCUGGUAAUCAAGCAUCUGGCACUGAAAAAAGCUUGCAAGCCGUCGAUCGAGUUGAAGGACGAAAGGCUCAUCGAGAGACACUCAAACCUAUUGGAUUAUUUUCGAAAGUGUAUGGAGCAGAUCGAGAGGAUGCAAUCCAGUAGGAUCGAGAGGUGCUCGAUUUUCGACAUCCUCAUGGAAUGCGAGUGCACGAUCGCCGUGUUCAUGCGGAAUCCCAGAUUCGAGAUCGGCUUCAAUAACUACGAUCUGUCGGAAUUCUCCGAGUAUGCCGAGGACUUGGUCGAAGCCUUCGAACGUGUCGAAAAGCACUACGAAUUCGUUAUGAGAGAAGAGGAUUCAUUAUUCGAGGCUUUUCUCGAUACUUUACCUUACCUGGUUGUGAGGAAAUUAUUGCAUUACGUAUGUGAUUGUUGUAGUAUUGUUAAGAGAGUGAUUGGUCCGUAUAGUGUUUGUUAAGAGUGUGUUUCAAGAAUUAGAUUAUUUAGUUAUUAAUUCAGCUAUCUUUUAAUUGUUUGUUUUUACCCUAUCUUAAAAAAUUCAUGGAAUUUAGGAACGCGAAUUUUAUUACAUAACCUACACAUACACUUCAAAAUGUUAGUGCUCAGCUGUCGGCAAAAUUUAAAAUUUUUCCAAAAAUAUGUAUUUUAUGACACAAUUUCCUUAUAUUAAAAACUCCGUAUU